AUGGCUAAAGGUAAUAAGGGUAAUAAGAAGAGCGAGAGUGUUUCAGAUCUGAAGCCAAUCACAACGGAUCCAAGAUUCACCUCGGUUCACAAUGAUCCAAGAUUUCGAAUGCCCAACACGAAAAACUUGAAGGUUAAAGUAGAUGAAAGAUUUAGCAAGAAGGUAUUGGAAGAUUUGAACCUAGGAGCUACUGGUAAGAAGGUUAAGAUAGAUAGAUACGGUAGAACCAUCAAAGAAGAUAAAUCUGGGAAUGACUUUGAUAAGUACUAUGAGGAGGAAGGUUCUGAGAGCGAAAGUGGAAGUGAAGAGGAAAGCGAUGAGGAAAGCGAUGAGGAAAGCGAAGAGAAGAAGUUAAAGGUUGAUGUCGAAGAAAGUGAGCUGGAAGACAUCGAAAGUGACGAUGAAGCUGUAACUCUUCAAGCUAAAGGCUUGGACCGUGCUAGAGGUGAAGGACUUCAGUCUGAUUCCGAUUCCGACUCAGACUCAGAUUCAGAUUCAGAAGGCUCCGUUGUCUUUGAAGAAUCUUCCGAAUCUGACAUCGAACUUGAGGACGAAAAGCCGGAAGAAGGUGACCCUUCUGAUACGUUUGCUGUGGUGAAUAUGGAUUGGGACAAUCUUAGAGCUGUUGACUUGAUGGCUACUUUUAUUUCUUUUGUUCCAACAGGAGGGAGAAUCUUGUCAAUUAAUAUAUAUCCAAGUGAAUUUGGUAAAGAACAGAUGGCGAAAGAAGAAGUGGAAGGACCACCAAGAGACUUGUUCAAGAAGAAAUCCAACAAGAAGAAAGAUGCAGAAGAAUCCGACUCUGAUUCAGAUUCUGAUUCUGAACUUGAUAUCGAUGUGAAUAAUCCAGAAGCAUUGAAAAAGGCAGCUGCAAAAUUAUACCAAGAAGAAGAUGGUGAGGUUGACUACGACAGUAAAGCAUUACGUAGAUAUCAAUUGCAAAGAUUGAGAUACUACUAUGCUGUUGUGACUUGUGAUUCCAUCGCCACGUCGAAGAAUAUUUAUGACAACUGUGACGGUAGUGAAUUUGAAUCUACUGCAAAUAUUUUCGACUUAAGAUAUGUGCCGGAAGGAAUGGAUUUUGAUACAGAAGAGAGUACAGAUUCGUGCAGUAAGAUUCCUUCAAAUUACAAGCCAAAUUCUACUUUCAUUACGGAUGCUUUACAACACUCUAAGGUUAAACUAACUUGGGACGAAACUCCAAAGGAAAGAUUAACUUUAUCUACUAAGUCAUUUUCUCAAAAGGAAAUCGAUGAAAUGGAUUUCAAGGCAUAUUUGGCAUCGGAUAGUGAUGGUGACGAAGAAGAAGAUGAAGGAUUGAAGAAUAAAUAUCAGAGUUUAUUGGGAGGGAAAUUUGGAUCCAAAGCCAAGAAGGAUGUUGUCGAAGAAGACGAUGAUGAUGAGGAAGGAAUUGAUAUGGAAAUCACAUUCAAUCCUGGACUUGAUGUCGAGAAGGCCAAGAAACAAGAAGAAGACGAGAAAGAGGAAAGCACAAUUGCAGCAUAUAAACGUAAGGAGAAGGAAAGAAGAAAGAAGAGACUUGAUAAGUUUAAGCAAAAGAAUGAUGAUGAAGAAGGUGGUAAUGAUGAUGACAAUGAUGAUGAAGUAGCCACUGAGGGAAAGAAGGGAAAGAAGAACAAUAAGAACAAUAAAAAUAAUAAGAAGGUUGACAAGAAUAAUGACAAGAAUAAUGCUGAAUUGGAAUUAAUUAUGAUGAAUGAGAAUGGAGAUGAACAGGAUGAUGAUGACAACCAUUUCAGUAUGAAAGAAGUUAUCAGAGCAGAAAAGAAUAAAAACAAAAAGAAUAGGUAUAAAAAGAAUAAGCAUAAUGGUGAUGACGAUGAUUUGGCUCAAGCUAAGUUUGAGCCAGAUUUGAAGGAUUCACGUUUUAAUGAAAUUUUCGAAAAUCCAGAUUUUGCAAUUGACCCAACUAAUAGUGAGUUCAAGAAAACUGAGACUACAAAGAAGAUGUUGGAUGAAAGAUCGAGAAGAAGAAAGGCAGGAAAGUGGAGCAACAACAAAGUUGGUGGAAACAAGAGACAAAAGACUGAGAAUGGUGUCAAUACCAAGUCUUUGGUCGACAAGAUUAAACGUAAGCAUAAUAAGUAA